AACAUUUAAAACCUAACGUUCAUUUUUCUUUUUUGACAUAAACAGCUAGCAGGCGGUUUGUAACGUUAGAAAAAUGUCUCUUCAUAGCGGCGCUGCAUUUUAUAGGAAAGAGGAUAGAAAAAUGACAGCAGCUGACAGGAAGAGGUUUGUUUCGGUUUUUGAUCAGUGUGAUGUGGAAAACAAGGACUAUUUGUGCAGAGAGGAUCUUAAAGUCGCAGUUGUGAUGCUGUUCGGUUAUAAACCUUCAAAGUCAGAAACAAGUAUGAUGAUGGAGGCUGGUGCUGUGCCAAACUGUCCAGGUAUGAUGAGUAGGUCGUGUCAGAUUACAGGGGUCCCUUUGGAGCAGUUUGUGUCUCUCAUGGGGAGGAAGUUAUCAGCAGGGGAUCCAUAUGAGAAGACGAGACAGAUCUUCAGCGCAUUUGAUCUACACUGCCGUGGAUUCCUGAAGUUGGAGGACUUCAGAAGUGUGUUUGCGCGUGUGGCUCCUCGCCUGCCUGAGCGCACCGUGCUGGAGGCUUUUCGCCACGUGGACCACGACUCAGAUGGACACAUCAGCUUCAAGGACUUUGAGGACGUCAUCGGUUACGGGCUGGCCAACAGCUGAGGCACUGUGGUAAAGCAGAAAGUCUGUGGGAUCAGCAGUAAGAGCUCAUGUGCAUCUGAAGCUGCCUGAUUUAAAAAAAAAUAAAAUAAAAUUCAGUACAAAAACACAUUCAUUCACAAAAUAGCACAAGGUGUUCAUUUAAAGUACCCAGGACUCAAAACCUGAUUCUGAUCAUAUAUAUAUAUUGGUGUUUGGUCUAGAUAAGUUAAUACAUUCACAUUUUACAUUUUACAUAUUUACAUAUGAGCUCAGUUUGUGAGGUCACAACAUAGGCCCAAAUUUAAGCCAAUCAUAUCCAGUAUGCAAAUUAUGAGAUGAGUGGGACACUAUGGCUAAUAUGGAUAGGUUUGUCUAUGUAAGGAAUAAAACACUCUGUGUUGCGCUGUUGUAGGAAAAUAAUGAACGGCAUCGCUGUGUGUUGAAGGAGAGUUACUAUUACUACCCUGAAGUCCAUUACUUUGCUAUUAUAGCACAUCUGUAAGUUUUUUUAUUCCUCUUAUACAACAGCAAUUUUGCUAACGAUUACAAUUUUUUUUUUAUUUAUUAAAAAUACCACAUUGUCCUUUUUUAAAUCUCUUUAUAAUUAUAUUUAAUGUUUUGAAACACCAAUGAUCAUUUACCUUAAAACUUCCCAACCGGCCUGUGUCGGAAAAGUUAAAGUUACAGCUUUACAAAGCACUGACACUGGAGACUCCUUCCACUGAGACCCAGAUACUAAAAUCAAUGAUAUAUCAUCCAUCAUAGAUUAUUUUUAAGAUUUAGAAGUACACGAUCAGGUUGGUUUUGUAGUCUUUUGUAUGUUAUCACCUCCCCUCAUCCUCCUCACUGUCUGAUAGGCAGCAAUGAGCCAUUAGUGAAGUGCACUCUGGCCUCUUUGUUAAAAAGGCAGACGAACUUCAGUGCCUGAGAGUCGGGUUUGAUGAUGAGCUUUGAUGUCAUAUCGAUCCGGUCGGUGCGAGGCUGUGCCGUGUAAUAGGCAGACACACACUUCUAUUGUCCAGUUGUCUUACAGGCUGCAUUAAGAAUAAACCCAGUCCCGCCAGGUCUAAUUCACUCACUGUACUCGUGCAAUUCUCACUCAAAUCAACGUCACUCGUGGGUUUACAGCGGAGUGCUCUGCCGUUACCACCGAGCACUCUUCAGGUAUUUCCCUUUCGCUUCUGUGUACCUGCCGUUCAGUCACUUCAAACCCAUUACACAGCAUGUCGAGGGCUGGAUGUCUUCUAAUCCUCCUCUACUAAAUCCAUUUGCACCUGAGAAACAGGCGGCUUGCUUUUUAGUUCUGAAUAUGAGUGCUCGUAAUCAGAUUGCAUUUUUAAUCAGUUUUGCACAAAAACACCGCUGUGCAGCCAUUAAGAAAAGGCCCAGACGCACUCUUGCAGAGGAUUUUAUGCCACUCUUGUUACACACGAUUAUGGAACUGUAAAUACUUGUUUGUGUUUUGUCGAGAUUUACUGCACUCCCGUCUGAAUAAAGAUUAAUUUGUUUUUGUAAUCAGUCCCGAGUCCUCAUCUGUACGACGCACGCGUGUGCGCGCUCUCCCCAGCAAAUCCACCGGGGGCUCAGGAGGCAGCGAGCGAAGAAAUGGACUUGCAAGAGGGAAAAAAAAAGGAAAUAAUCAAAUAGUUUUUAAUCAAAUACGUGUUUAAUCCACACACAGCUCAUUCUCACCGAUGAGCCGCUGUUCAAAAAAUGAUCAGGAGAGAGCUGGUUUAAUCUUCACCUUCCUUUUUGAAACUAAUUAAGUGAAUCCUGACAUUUUAUUGCUCUCUCUGUGUGUGUGUGUGUGUGUGUGGGUGUGUGUGUGUGUGUGUGUGUGUAAAAUGCCCAAGGACAAACACCCUACGGUGAAAAACAUGGUGUUGUGUUGCAAUAUAAGUCUUGCUAAUGAAAAUGAAAUGUGUGUAUGAUGUGUACACCAGCCUGGUGACGCCUCUUUUCCUGCAACGAAGAAACUUCAACUUGUGAAGACAUUAAUUCUACGGCUGACGGCAACCAGAAAGAUCCAAUGGAACCCAGAGUGAUUUAGUCAUCACAAGGAGAAGAGACAACCAGACCUGCAAGAGAGAGACAACCAGAGAGAGACAGAGAGAGAGAGAGAGAGAAAUGCUGCUUGUUUAGACUGCAGUAGAUGGUGGGGGCUUUAUAGCUACUGCAGUAACACGAUAGCUCACGUGUGUGUCUGUGUGUGUGUGUGAUGAGGGAAAGGUUGAUGAAUCAGCAUCACAACCUUGACAUGAUUAGACGCUAUAUAUGUGUUCUAUAAGCUAAAGCACAUGUAAAGCAAACACGUACGAGCACAGAGAUGCCACGUUUGUGCACAAACAUGA